GGGGCUGAGGCCGAGCCGAGCCGGGCCCGCGCCCGCCGGGGGCCCACCAUGCGGCGGCUGCGGCGCCUGGCGCACCUGGUGCUCUUCUGCCCCUUCUCCAAAGGCCUGCAGGGCCGGCUGCCGGGCCUCCGGGUCAAGUACGUCUUCCUGGUCUGGCUGGGCAUAUUCGUGGGCAGCUGGCUGGUGUAUGUGCACUACUCGACCUACGCGGAGCUCUGCCGCGGCCACGUCUGCCAGGUGGUUAUCUGUGACCAGUACCACAAGGGCAUCAUCUCCGGCUCCAUCUGCCAGGACUUGUGCAACUUGCACAAAGUGGAGUGGAAGGCCUGCCUGUCCUCCGUCCCCGGCCGGCAGGUAUACAGCGGGCUGUGGCAGGGCAAGGAGGUGACCAUCAAGUGCGGCAUUGAGGAGGGCCUCAACCCCAAGGCCAGGGCGGACACAGCCCAGGAGCUGGUGCUGUUUGACAAGCCCACUCGGGGCACCUCGAUUAAGGAGUUCCGAGAGAUGACCCUCAGCUUUCUCAAGGCAAACCUGGGGGACCUGCCGUCCCUGCCAGCGCUGGUCGGGCAAGUCCUGCUCAUGGCGGACUUCAACAAGGACAGCCGGGUGUCCCUGGCGGAGGCCAAGUCCGUGUGGGCCCUGCUGCAGCGGAACGAAUUUCUGCUGCUGCUGUCCCUGCAGGAGGAGCAUGCCUCCAGGCUGCUGGGCUCCUGUGGGGACCUGUACGUCACCGAGGGCGCCCCACACGGCUCCUGGCACGGGGCCGCUCUCCCACCCCUCCUGCGCCCGCUGCUGCCCUCCGCCCUGCACACUGCCCUCCAGCAGUGGCUGGGGCCCGCGUGGCCCUGGAGGGCCAAGAUCGCCAUCGGGCUGCUGGAGUUCGUGGAAGAGCUCUUCCACGGGGCCUACGGGACCUUCUACAUGUGCGAGACGACGCUGGCCAACGUGGGCUACACGGCCAAGUACGACUUCAAGAUGGCGGACCUGCAGCAGGUGGCGCCCGAGGCCACUGUGCGCCGCUUCCUGCAGGGCCGUCACUGCGAGCACAGCGCGGACUGCACGUACGGCCGGGACUGCAGGGCCCCCUGCGACAAGCUCAUGCGCCAGUGCAAGGGUGACCUCAUCCAGCCCAACCUGGCCAAGGUGUGCGAGCUGCUGCGGGACUACCUGCUGCCCGGCGCGCCCGCCGCCCUGCGCGAGGAGCUGGGCAAGCAGCUGCGCACCUGCACCACGCUGAGCGGGCUGGCCAGCCAGGUGGAGGCGCACCACUCCCUGGUGCUGAGCCACCUGAGGACCCUGCUCUGGAAGGAGAUCUCCAACACCAAGUUCUCCUGAGUCCCAUCCCCGCCCAACACCAGGUUCUCCUGCGUCCUGCCUCCCCCUCAACGCCGCCAAGUUCUCCUGAGUCCCGCCUCCCGCCGGUCCCUCAACCCCCCUCCCCACUCUGGAGGGACUGCUCCUCCCUCCAGCUGCCACCCAGCGGAGGACAGGGCCCAGGACGGGGGCCUGGAGGGCUCCAGCACCCGCCAGGCCUGCCCUCCCAGCUCUCCAGACCCACCAACCAGGCAGCGGGGGCCACGUCGCUGGGGCAAA